AUGCGCCCCUCUCCAGUGGUGCGGACGGGCAGUGGUGUGCGCGCGAACACACGCCUCUUUUUUUCUAGCUCUCUCCUCGAGUCCUCCUCCUCCUCCACCGCCUCCGUGUCUUCCAAACACACUGCCUACUACCACACAUUAUACGACAACGACGACCACCACCACCACCGCCUCCAGCCCCACACCACCACACACCAGGCUAAAUCGCCCGCCGCGUGUUUGUCUGUCCGCGCUAAGCGCACGGCGUGCACGCGCGCACCCAAGCCAGCUGACACGAUCGAUUGA